AUGGCUUCUCUACGCCUAUUUUUUGUAUGUUUAUGUGGGUGGUGGUGUAUCAUUGCACUAUUUCAAAUGCUAGUUACGUCAUAUGAAAUCAAAAUCUCGUAUACGGACGACGAACUUCAGGCAAAAGGUCUCGAUUUAUUAGAUCAAGCGAAUUAUCCUAAAGGCGACGUAGUUUUACGCUUUGCAAGAGCUAAUUCCACCAGUAUUUUAUGCUCCGAAUCAAAUUUGGUUUUGCGACUAGUGAAAGUUGAUGGGUCUGUUAGUAAAAUACCUGUGGAUUUCAGAUUUCCAGAUUUUAAUUUUUGUCAAGACAUUACUGAUAAUGGUGUUGAUGGGAUUUGGAUGUACCCGAUACCACCCAAUUUUAUAAUAAUUACGUAUUUUACGGCGGAUGAUCCAAAAAGUUUUUCUAAUGCUCAGGUGAAAGGAUUAUUAAUAGAUACUAGUGGAAAGAUUUACACAAAUGAUUAUCUUUUUGGUCCUGCUUUCUUUCCUGCACCGGGGAAAUUAAAUCCGGGUGGAAUAAUCCUUAGUGCUAUUCCGGGACAAGGGUUUAUAUUCCUUAUUGAUGAUAAUCAAAGCAAUGGUCUUCUUUGGACUCUAUAUACUAACCCGGAUACAAAUGGAACUUUCAGCCCAGUAAACAAUCAACAAAUAAUUCAAGAGCCUGAGAAAUUAAUACGACCUAAACUUUGGGCUACCGCUUUUUCUACUUUGGAUGGUGGAUAUGCAGUCAUUGGCGGAUACAACGUAACAAAUGCCACAACAGCUUAUGAUCCUCGUUGCCGUGUUUAUAUAACAUUCUUUAGACCUCAGCUUAAUGGUGAUAUCGAUCAAGUUGGUCCCUAUCUUUUCUACCAAUCAUAUCUCCCAGAUGUUGAAUCAUUGCCAAUGAUUUGCAGUAACUCAAAUCGGGGUAUUGGCUAUGUAUGCCUUGCUCGAUCAAGUGUAACAACAACAGCCGGCAAUAUUACUUCCACAGAGAUUAAUUAUCAACUUAUAAAUUUCCUCACAUCAGGUUCUGUAACAGACACCAGAUCUCUUCCUUUAGGUAAAUCAAACGUUAAAGGAAAUAUAAGUACAAAUGCAAUUGCUCCAGCAAAACUUUAUUCUCUAUUCUACGGAGGAUAUUUACAAACUUUUGGCAUCCUUGAAAAUAAUACAUUAUCGUUCACCGGAUCUAUUUUUGACGAUCAGGGUAACUUUUUUGAGCAGUGGGGUUUUGGAAGUUCAUUAAAAGUACCCAGCACGACUGCCUCUGAUAUUGUACUAGAGAAUAAUACAUAUGUGGUUUUUUAUUUCGUCAAUAAAACAUUGACUGCAACUAGUACAAAUUUGCACAGAUUCUAUAACGAGACAAUAGUUAACAGUCGAAACAUUAAAGAGGUAUUACCAUUAAAUGGAACCUCUAUUAGCUCUAGCUCAGAGAGUCUCAUAAUUAUAUAUGAUAGUAAUGUUACCCUUUCCAACAACAACAUUACUAUAUAUCAAGAGAAUCCUGACGUUCCCGAUGGCGGUCACGAUCUUCCCCGAAUGUUUUGUAACGCAAAAGCAAUCCGCGGGUGCUCUCUUAAACCGAUUGGCAACCGAAAAUUUAAUUUGACACCUUUAGCAAGCACAUUUAAUAAACCGGGUGCAUCAUAUUAUGUACAAAUUGAUACGGAUUUUGUAAAAGAUACUAAAUUGGGUGAACCAAUUCCUGGUGUUGUGAACCGUACUUGGGGACUUCUCUACAAUCAACCUGAGGAAACUUUUGCCGCUACUACGAUAACACUCUUGCGAUUAACAAGAGACGGCUCUAAAUAUUUCAACGAACUUUCGUCCUCGGAACGAAGCGAGUUUUUCGAUGAGUUAAAGCGAGAGUUGGUCUUAGCCAUUCCAAUAGAUCCAUCCCGUAUAUCUACUAUAAAAAAACACCAAAUAGAUACUUCAACACCCGAGCAUCAAAUUUUAAUUUCUUACACAUUUGAAAAAACCAGAGAACCAAACCAGCGAAGCACAAAAUCAUUGAUUAAUGAUCUAGAUAUCUUAGUUAGAAAUAAAGAGAUCUCUUCCAUCUCAUUUUACCCUUUAACUAACUUAUUAGAUAAAGAAUAUGGGUCCCAUGCAACACCCAAUCUUUGGGACAAAUACAAGACCAGGCUCUUGAUUUUAUUCCUUGCUUUGCUUCUCGUAUUAGUUCUCUUCAUGAUGGCUAGGAUUCGAAAUAAUGAGGGAAACAAUUGGGCCAUUAUGCAAAUUGCUUUAAUUCUGCUUGAUUUUGCAUUAGACGUAGCGUUUUUGAUUAAUAACGCUAGAGAUGUGGAAUGGAUAUACUUGCCAAGUUUACUGUUUUUACUUAUUCCCGUUGUGUCUAAUUGCAUCUUGGCCUUUUUAAUUUUCCUCCACGAACAUGAGCACAAUAAAAUAUUCCUCAAGUGGUCAAAUAGAAACAUCAAAUUAAUUCCUGCGUUUACAGUACUGGCUGCUGCGGAUGUUGAGGCACUUAACAUUCUUGGUUCUAGAUUAGCCGGUUUAAAUGCGUUCAGUGCUCCAUUUUCCGAAAAGGCUAUGGCAUGGAUUUUUUGGGCUAGUACAUUUAACAUGUUUAUUGAAGAUUUACCCCAGUUAAUUAUUCAAGUCUUAUAUCAACGUAAUACCGUGACAUAUGAUAUUAUACCACUGCUUGCCCUUGUCACUAGUUCAGUGAUGCUUACAAUCAAUAUACUUGGACGAAUAUAUCAAAUUAUUCAUUAUCUUCGUCAAGGACAAUUACGUUAUGCUACUCCUCCAAUAAAAGAUGAAGGCAAAGAAGAUCAAGAUUCUGGUCUUAGUCGAGAUAAUAGAACAGACAAAAAGAAUGAAGAAAGUCAAUUAAUUUUUACGAAUAUUCAACAACAGCAACAAUUUAAUGCGCACAAUGUGACAGUCGCUCAAUCAGGAGCAUCAACGCCUACGUCUACAUCAGAUCAAGGUGCUCAAUAUUUGACUGUUUAUACCGAUGGAAAUGAUCAUUAUCCAGAAGCUACCGGUCAUCAACCUCAUACUCCUACCACACAUUAA